CAGCAAUUGCUUAUCGCUAUAUAAACACAUAAAUACUGUUAUUAUUGUAAAUGAAUUGCAAUUAAAUCUCAUUUAAUAAUUAAAGCCAUUAAUUAAGCUAUCAGUGAGUGACCAGUGUGUGACCUGGGUACUUGUACGAGUGUGGGUCACUAUACUUUGGACAUACAGUGCGUUUGUGGCCCAAAAUGUGAUCAAAUAUUGUUUUUUUGGUGACAUUUAUUACUUGUGGCGAAAAACCAUUUAAUAAUUAACUGUAAUUACAUAAUUAGCAAGGUAAUCCCUUAUCUCGACACUCAGUAUCUAAUCUCGCGAUCUAUGCCAUCGCCUCGGGACAUGGAUGUCGACACGAAUAAUGACUGCGGUGGUGGUGACCAACAACAACAGCCCCCACCACCGCCUCACGGGUCUGGUGGCGGACCCCCUGACCUCACGGCUGAGCUAUUGCAGCGGUUUUCGUGUAUGAAUACGACGGACAGGGAUGUGUUGGUCGACCAGUUGAAGCGAUUACUGGGUGAACACGUGAACGACGACUCGGCCCACUUCUGGCUGGACAUGAAUAACUGGUACGACACGACUGUCCCCUUACCUCCCACUCCACGCGGUAUACCUGUCCACUGCGUGAACCUUCAGGCGGCCAUCUGUUCCUACUUCGACUACGAACAGCCGGCGCUGCGGUUGCCGUCCAUGAAACUGGUCAACGAUGUGACGAUCGGUGAGGGCGAGGAAGUGCCCCCUAAUGCCAAAUUCACAAAGACCUGGAGAAUCGCCAACUCAGGCGAGGAGCCGUGGCCUACAGGCUGUUGCCUGCGUUUCACAGACGGCGACCAAAUGUGUCACAACGAGAGGGUAUUAGUCGAUCCCCUGGCGCCGGGAGACUACACCGACAUCGCCGUCGAUAUGAUUAGUCCCCAGAAGUCCGGUAUAUAUACGGGUCAGUGGCGUAUGAGUACACCCACCGGACAGUUCUUUGGAGAGAUAAUAUGGGUUAUAAUAACGGUGUCAGAGGGAGGCCUACUGGCGGUCACGCAACAGCUGAGUGGGUUCAACGAGUUGGGCGCCGCCUCACUGCCCGUGGGCGCCGGUAUGCUGAACGGGCCGGCCGUACACGUGAACCCAUUCGCCAACCAAUUACAGACACAUUUAGCUAAUAAUAGACUGCAUUUCGAAACCCAUAAUACGAUUACAAAUAAUAAUAAUAAUAAUAAUCAAAAUUCACAGCAAUUUAGCGACGAAUCGAUGCCAAACAGCGACGACAACGGCUGGGGAUGAGCACCGGUAGGUGUGUUUGUAAAGAGGACUGUCCCCAUACGUCAGUGCCUAUGUCUAUACGGAUAUAUAUACGAUGACAUGAGAGACAAUACAUACACUCAUUAUGUUUACCACACAAUACACCACACAUUGAGAGAUAGAAAUUUUUUUAAUUAUAUUAUUAUUGAGACUAUUAUUGAUUAUUAUUAUUGAUAUUGAAUUGAAAUAAAAGUUUUUUCUGUUUUUUUUGUAUUAAUUAUCAUUAAAUGAGAGUUUUUUUUAAUCUCGAAAACUAUUUGUUUUUUAAAUUUCAGAGAGAUUUGUGAAUUAAUAAUAAGUUUUGUUUU